UUGCCGACAUAUCACAAGCAUCACGCGCGUCAAGAUUUCAGUUUCAAGCCGUUGGUGAAAACUCAAUGGUUAGUUAAAACGUAAAGAUUAGCCUCAAGAAUAAAUGCGCCUUUAUUAUUCUUACCCAUCAAAGAUAAUGGUGAGAAGAGUCAAGUGUAUUACAGAUGGCUUGUACAGUUCCUUUUCUAAGUAGAGCUUUGCUUCCUUGAUUCUGGGUUGCUUUUUAGCUUCUGGGUACUGCGUUUGGUGUUCUUGGGAGGCGUGCAAAGGAGUGAAUUGGUGGUUAUACGGUGAUUUUAGUGGGUUCCUGAGGGAGAUUGCAGAUGGGUAUCUUGAGUAGUAUAUUGGGGUUUUUUGGCUUUGGAAUUGGAACUUCUAUUGGGAUUGUGAUCGGGUACUACAUGUUUAUUUACUUUCAGCCAACUGAUGUGAAGGAUCCUGUAAUUCGGCCUUUGGUUGAACAAGACUCAAAAACUUUGCAACGAUUGCUUCCAGAAAUACCCCUUUGGGUGAAAAAUCCUGAUUAUGAUCGUGUUGACUGGCUUAACAGAUUUAUCGAAACCAUGUGGCCUUACUUGGAUAAGGCAAUUUGCAAGACAGCAAGGACUAUAGCAAAACCCAUUAUUGCUGAGCAGAUUCCAAAAUAUAAAAUUGACUCUGUUGAAUUUGAAGAACUUACCUUGGGCUCCAUACCACCAACUUUUCAAGGGAUGAAAGUUUAUGUCACUGAUGAGAAGGAGCUGAUCAUUGAACCAUCAAUGAAGUGGGCUGGAAAUCCAAACAUCAUUAUUGCUGCUAAAGCAUUUGGCUUGAGAGCCACAGUUCAGGUGAUUGAUUUGCAAGUGUUUGCUUCUCCACGCAUCACCCUAAAGCCUUUGGUUCCUACUUUUCCCUGUUUUGCCAAUAUAUUUGUCUCUCUAAUGGAAAAGCCUCAUGUUGACUUUGGGUUGAAAUUGCUUGGAGCAGAUGUCAUGUCUAUUCCUGGUCUAUACAGAUUUGUCCAGGAGCUUAUUAAAGAUCAAGUUGCAAAUAUGUAUUUAUGGCCAAAAUCCCUACAAGUACCAAUCCUGGAUCCCGCAAAAGCUACAAAGCGACCUGUUGGGAUCCUUUCUGUGAAGGUUUUGAGGGCAAUGAAGCUUAAGAAGAAAGAUCUACUUGGGGCAUCAGACCCAUAUGUGAAAUUAAAGCUCACUGAAGAUAAGCUCCCUUCAAAGAAAACAACUGUGAAGCACAAGAACUUGAACCCUGAAUGGAAUGAGGAAUUUAACAUUGUUGUCAAAGACCCAGAAUCUCAAGCCUUGGAGAUUAUCGUUUAUGACUGGGAACAGGUUGGCAAACAUGACAAGAUGGGUAUGAAUGUUGUUCCAUUGAAAGAGCUUACACCUGAUGAGCCAAGAGUUAUGACACUGAAUCUGCUAAAAAAUAUGGACCCAAAUGAUGCUGAAAAUGAGAAAUCACGUGGGCAACUUGUUGUGGAAUUGGAAUACAAACCUUUCAAGGAAGACAAUAUACCUAAUGAUAUUGCAGAUCCAAAUGCAGUAGAAAAGGCUCCUGAAGGAACACCUGCUGGCGGUGGUUUAUUUGUGGUUAUUGUACACGAAGCUCAAGAUGUUGAAGGAAAACAUCAUACAAAUCCUUAUGUGCGAUUACUUUUCAGAGGGGAGGAGAGAAGAACUAAGCUUGUGAAGAAAAACAGAGAUCCAAGAUGGGAAGAAGAAUUUCAGUUCACGCUUGAGGAACCACCCACAAAUGAUAGACUUCAUGUGGAAGUUGUUAGUGCCUCCUCAAGGAUAGGUCUCCUCCAUCCUAAGGAAAUUUUGGGUUAUGUGGAUAUAAACUUAGCUGAUGUCGUUAAUAACAAGAGAAUCAACGAGAAAUAUCAUCUCAUUGACUCGAGGAACGGCCGGAUUCAAAUUGAGCUACAAUGGAGAACUUCUUAAAAUGUCACAUUUGGUAGGUGUUUCCAGUGAAAAACAUUCUGUUGUGCUUUCUCUAUGCUUUUUUCUAAAUCGACUCUUCUGUAACUCAUUAAGAACUAGAAUCCUGUAAAUUGAAGCUUGCUGAUACAUCUUAUAAGUGUCAGUAAAAUUCAGUAGUAUUUUCUCCCACACGAAACUUCUGUGUUUUGGUGUAGAAUUGUCUCCUCUAAGGUUGAAAAAUAUUUUCCCAUUUCUUCCAA